UGUCCUCAGAUCAUCACAUCAUUGUAAGCAACACACUGUGACGUUUGCCACCGUCAUGCAGUUUGAUGAAGCAGACAAUGUGUUUGCUGAUCUGAACGCAGCCAUUCCUGAGACCGAGCUGCUGGACAACAGCAUACAGAAGAGCCGAGCGCCGCUACCGCUGAAGAGCAGGAGGAACCGACCUUCACGCUCCCGUCUGACUGACAGCCUGAGCUCUACCGAGGGGGAUGAGGGGCCCGACACCAGGUCUGCAGACAUGCCCCUCAACUCAGCCCCACUCCACUCAUUCCUCCGUGACUCCACCCUCACUCCAGAGCUCCUCCUCUCAUCCUUUGACUCCGCCCUCGCACGCCGAUCUUCAGAGGACCCUAAAGCACACCGUUAUCAUCAGCUCACGAACACAACAUCCCACGAUGCACUGCUGCCCCCGGCCCCACCCUCACCCUGCAGAUCGUGUCCUGAAACCUCACCUGUGCACUUCCGCAGGAGCCGACGCCCAGACAGUGAAGCGCUGGUGUCAGAUGAUAGUCAGGAUGAUAACGUAGCCGAGUCCGACAGUCCCACUGUAGUUCUGGAUAAAAAGACCAAACGGAGAUUCCUGGAUUUGGGGUGAGUUGACUCUCGUCGUUCAUAUGUCAAAGUGAAGAAAGAUAACGAAAGAUUCUCACUGGGAAAUCGAGAGCUGUGUGAGAACUCAUCCCGCCAUUCCGGAUCCUUUGUGCCUUUUUCCUGGUUUUCUGACAGUCAUCGUUCCUCCUCCACUUCCUCGUCCCCCCGGAUGGUGACUCACUCACGCAGCCCCAGCAAGUCUGACUCUCAGGAGUCGGCAUUCAGUGAUGAGUUUUCUCCUAAAAGUCCACUUGCUCCGUGUGAAUCUCGUUCUUCUCAUCACCCCUACCAGACUCUGUCUCAGUCCUCAGAUGAGCGUGUAGACGAGCCUCAGUAUGUAGCGAGAUCAUGGAGCACACAGCAAGUGUGUGAUUGGUUGAAGAGUUUAAACAUGGAGCAGUACGUCCCUGAGUUCAAGGACAAAGAUGUGGAUGGAGAAGUUCUGCUGCAGAUGGAUGGAACCAAACUGAAGGCUCUGGGGGUGUUAAACUCUUCGGACCGCAGCCUUCUGAAGCGUCGCAUUAAAGACAUCCACGCUGCAGUGGAGAAGGAGAGAAAAGCUCUGGACAAGUUGGAGAGGCAGAGAGAGAAGCAGAGGAAGAAAGACCAGGAACACAGGAAGAGUUAAACCCAAACUGGCCUCGUCCCAAAUGCCCAGAAACUUUCAUACUCACUUAUGUUCUUAUGAACUCAUUGGCCAUUUUGAGGAAAUCCUAGAGCACACUUCAUUAUUACGGCCGAUUAUUACCCACAAUGCACUGCUAGUGCGUGUUGUGUCAGGGUUAGCCGUGAGAAAUGAGCAGAAUUUUCAACAUCCUGUACCAUGGUGUGACAUCAGACAUGUUGUGACAUCAUUCAGGCUCUAGUGAAGCAUGCUAAUUUGUACAAAGCGCUAAUCUUCUAUGCUAAUUAUCCUCCUUAGCUAGCACUGAUUAUCCUUUAUUCCCAACGUCAUAACGCCAGAAAAUCCACCAUUAGCAACAUGAGAUGCCAUUACACCACCAUCAUUACAGACUAUCAGAACCAUGUUAUGAUCCAGUAGAAGUGCAGUUUUUAAUGAGGAAAAGGUGUUAAAUAUGGUUAGCUGAUCUAAACAGCUAAAUCACAAGCAUGCUAGUUCUGUGCUGCAGGAGAACCCAACAUAACCCUGAUAAAUACCUAGCUGUGGUUCUCGGGGGGGGGGUUUAAUUCACACAUGAACACAAAGCUAUAUCUCAAUAUGGCUCUCGGUUCUGUAUUCAGUGUCCUAAUCUCAAAUGCUAGCUGCUCAAAUCGCUAACUCAGCAAAUAGCCGAUUAGCUAGCUGUGAAUUUAUAUCCUCCUAUUAUGACUUUAUGCUACAAGUGUGCUUGCUAAUCAGCUGUCUUAGGGUGUGAUGUUAGCUUAGCAGGUUCUGUGUGUUCUAGAAUUUUCUGUGGCGCUUAAAAUGGCUAAUGCUGAUAAAGAAAAAAAAAUCACAGAGCGAAGAUUAGCGACUCGCGUCUGUGAUUGUCACAGAUCGUUAGAUAAUUUUAAUGACGACGUUUCUGCCGUUCUGCUGCACGCGUUGUGUUUUUCUCUUUACGUCAUUAUGCCUUAUGUAUCAUAUGUGAUAUAUUACGCUAGAGCGUUAGCUUAGUAACAGAGUCCCGGCAUGUUAGAAAACAUCUGGCUCUUGUUCUCGUGUGUGUGUGUGUGUGUGUGUGUGUGUGUGUGUGUGUG